CAAUUUGCGUCCAAAAAAAGCAUGCAUUUGCCUGCCAAAUAUACAACUACUAACUAGACAUAUUCAUCAAUAUUCAUUAUAACAGUGUCAUUUAAAUUAAAUAAAUAAUAAUGAAACCUCUUAUGUUACAUGGGCACGAACGUGCAAUUACUAAAAUUAAAUACAACAGAGAAGGUGAUUUAAUAUUCUCAGCAAGUAAGGAUAAAAAUCCAAAUGUAUGGUGGUCAUUAAAUGGUGAAAGAUUGGGAACAUUUAAUGGUCACAAUGGUUCAAUUUGGUGUAUUGAUGUCAAUUGGGAUACCACUAAAUUCAUAUCUGGAAGUGGUGACAACACACUUCGUAUUUGGGACAUCCAAACUGGCAAAGAAAUUGGUCAAUUACCAACAAACAGUUCAGUAAGAACAUGUCAAUUUAGUUAUUCAGCAAAUACAGCUGUUUAUUCAACAGACAAAGCACUUGGACAUCAGUGUGAAAUGUUUAUUGUUGAUACUAAAAAUGUUGACAGUGGAAUGUCUCAAGAUGAUGCUAUUCUUCGUAUUCCAAUAAAUGGACCACGUAUAUCAUCAAUUCUUUGGGGUGCUCUUGAUGAAACAAUCAUCACUGGACAUGAAGAUGGUGAAAUAAAUAUUUGGGAUUCCAGAACUGGAAAAAAAUUAAACUCUGCAAAGGGACAUAAAUCACAAAUAAAUGACAUGCAAAUGAAUAAAGAUGGUACAAUGUUUGUAACAGCAUCAAAGGAUCAUUCAGCAAAAUUAUUUGACAGUGAAUCAUUGGUUCAUUUGAAAACUUAUAAAACUGAAAGACCAGUUAAUUCAGCAACAAUAUCACCAAUUUAUGAACAUGUUGUUCUUGGUGGUGGUCAAGAUGCUAUGGAUGUUACAACAACAUCAGCACGUCAAGGUAAAUUCGAUGCAAGAUUCUUUCAUCUUGUAUUUGAAGAAGAAUUUGCUCGUCUCAAGGGUCAUUUUGGUCCAAUUAAUUCAUUGGCUUUCCAUCCAAAUGGUAGAAGCUUUUCAAGUGGUGGUGAAGAUGGUUAUGUAAGAAUUAAUACAUUUGAUCAGUCUUACUUUGAUUUCCACUUUGAAUAUUAAUUUAUUUAAUUGAGAAUAAUAAAAACAUUUUAAUAAAUUGUCAAUAAACAAACAAUUGUAAUUAAUCAAAAUGACGAUUUCAAUUUUUCAUGAAUAUCUUUAUAAUAAACAAACAAUAGAAAAAAAAAAAUACUUUAUU